AUGUUUGAAAUGCUGUAUGGAAUUCGGGUAUGUAAACAGCUCAGGGGGCUGUGUAUCAAACCUGUUCCAACAUCCCUUAGCCUCGAAGGCCACGGACAAAGGAGGAGUGGGGCGCAUGUGGGUCUGGUCAGCCUACCCCAGGCUGAAGAAUGUGAGAGGACACUUUAUGUACAAUUAUUUUGUUAAGGGGCACUAGAUAGUUUCAUAAACAAACAAAGAGAAAACAGAUCAUUUUACAACACAUAACAGAAAGUUUAUUUACCCAGGGACCCGCUUACCAGGAAAAUGCAAACUGACCCCAAAUCAGCCAAAAUGGAGACUUUUUCAAAUUUGGCCAGUUUAUAAUAUAUAUAAUGAUACUGAGUAUCUAUACAAUGAUACUGAACACACGGCUUUGUAUAAUGAUACUGAGUAUCUAUACACUGAUAAUGAACACACCGCUCUGUAUAAUAAUACUGAGUAUCUAUACACUGAUAAUGAACACACCGCUCUGUAUAAUGAUACUGAGUAUCUAUACGCUGAUAAUGAACACACCGCUCUGUAUAAUGAUACUGAGUAUCUAUACGCUGAUAAUGAACACACCGCUCUGUAUAAUGAUACUGAGUAUCUAUACACUGAUAAUGAACACACCGCUCUGUAUAAUGAUACUGAGUAUCUAUACACUGAUAAUGAACACACCGCUCUGUAUAAUAAUACUGAGUAUCUAUACACUGAUAAUGAACACAGCGCUCUGUAUAAUAAUACUGAGUAUCUAUACACUGAUAAUGAACACAGCGCUCUGUAUAAUGAUACUGAGUAUCUAUACGCUGAUAAUGAACACACCGCUCUGUAUAAUGAUACUGAGUAUCUAUACGCUGAUAAUGAACACAGCGCUCUGUAUAAUGAUACUGAGUAUCUAUACACUGAUAAUGAACACACCGCUCUGUAUAAUAAUACUGAGUAUCUAUACACUGAUAAUGAACACACCGCUCUGUAUAAUAAUACUGAGUAUCUAUACACUGAUAAUGAACACACCGCUCUGUAUAAUGAUACUGAGUAUCUAUACACUGAUAAUGAACAAGCUGAGAGAGACAUUUUGAAAACAGAAGUUAAAAGAAGGCAGAAGAAAAUAGAAGAAGAAAAAAAGAAACAAAAAUAG